UUCUACAUCCCUCCCGCCCCCCGUGCUCGUUUGGUUUGGUCUUAUCCACCGAAAGUGGGAACCCCCCGGUGCGACUAAAAGCGCACGGUACGCAAGUCUGCGUGGGCAUUCAGUCACCUUACCGAGGACAACUCUCUCACCCGUACCUAAUCCGUGGUGUCACGAUCGACCGUGAUAAGCCAAAUACUCGACAUUCCAGACGUGUAAAUUACUUGCUCGCCCGAGUUACCAUGGUCGACCUCGAUCUUCCCGAGACACCAGUGCCGGUCUGGCUGGACUGCGACCCGGGCCACGAUGACACGUUCGCCAUUCUCCUGGCUGCCUACCACCCAACCAUCAAGCUGCUGGGCCUCUCCACCGUGUUCGGAAACGCCCCCCUCGUGAAGACGACGAACAACGCCACCUCCAUCCUGACGGCCAUUGGCAAGCACAAUGACGUGCCCGUUUACGUCGGCGCCGCCAAGCCCAUGAGCCGCCCGCCCAUGCAGGCCGCCACCGACAUCCACGGCGAGUCCGGGCUGGACGGCACCGACCUGCUCCCGAAACCCUCCCGGGACGCCGACCGCACCGUCCCCGCCGUCGACGCCAUGGCCGCCGCCCUCAAGGCCCAGCCCGCCGGCGUCGCCUGGCUCGUCGCCACGGGCUCCCUCACCAACGUCGCCCUCCUCUUCCAGAAGCACCCGGAGCUCGUCGCCCACAUCAAGGGGCUCAGCAUCAUGGGCGGCGCCAUCGGCGACGGCUUCACCGACAUCGUCCUCGGCGUCGUCGACGGCGUGCCGCGCAUCGGCAACUGGACCCCCUGGGCCGAGUUCAACAUCAUCAUCGACCCCGAGGCCGCCGCCAGCGUCUUCAGCAACAAGGCCCUCGCCGCCAAGACCACGCUCGUCCCGCUCGACCUGUCGCACCAGGUCCUCGCCACCCAGGAGGUGCGUGACCUGCUGCUCUACGGCAAGGACGGCGCCGCCGAGAGAACGGGCAAGGGCAAGACCACGCUACGCCAGAUGCUGGUCGAGCUGCUCAUGUUUUUCGCCAAGACGUACAGCGACGUUUUCGGCAUCACCGCCGGCCCGCCGCUGCACGACCCCCUCGCCGUGGCCGCCGUGCUCACGGGCACCAAGCACGAGAUCCCCCUGCACGACUACGACGCCAAGAAGGGCAACUGCGUAAAGUACCACGAGCGCUUCGAGCUGACCGUCGUCACCGAGGGCGACAUCGAGGAGGCCAAGGCCGGCCGGUCGCAGCUCGGCCGCACCGUCGCGCGGCCGCUGCCGCCGGGCAGCGAGGGCGUGCGGAUACCCCGCGGCAUCGACAUCCCCAUGUUCUGGCGGGUCCUCGAGGAGUGCGCCGAGAGGGCGGACCGCGUCAACGCCGGCGAGGUGGCGGGGCUGAAGCAGAACGGGGCGCUGGAGAAUUGAUCGCCGCCGAGGCGGUGCUGGAACCUGCUUUUUUUUGUGGUGUGUGUGCGUGUGUGUGUGUGUGUGUAUACGUGCGCGUGUGUGUGGUGUGUGUCGUACGCGCCUACAUGGUAUGCUUCCCGGUAU